AAAAAAAACAUAUGUAUGAUUUAACUGCUAAAUAAAAAACAAAUUACCAAAUAAAUAACUAAUAAUGUUAUUAAAAUGAUAGGCGAAUUUAUUUUUGAUAUAUUUGCUGCUGGUUCAUUCAUUAAUUUAUUCACUGAACCACACUAUAAAAUCGCUUUCAUAAAUUUGUCUGAAAAAAAUAAAAUAAUAACAAUAAAGCAAACUGAUUUUACUAGAAAACUCACUCAUGGUCAUUAAUGUACAUUUCAGAUAAGACAAGGUAAAAUAAUGAAAUAUGCACAUCUUCAUUACUGGAAAAGAUGAAUAAGAGAACUUUAAAGCACUGUCUGUGUAAGUUCGCUCCUAAAUAAACUUCUCCAUCUUUGUAUUUUUAAUGGUCAGCUCUCUAAAGCCAUGUUUAAUCCAUCUGGAAUGUCCGGUGAAAGGGCUACAAACAAUUGCCUUACACUUAUUAAACUACUCUUCAUAAUAUAACAACAACAACAACAACAACAAUAAGUAGCUCAGUGUAUUGUUCUUAAUGGUUUCCUUUGUUCUGGACAUUAUUAAUUUAUUUACAGUUUUACAGCGUAAUAGAAAUCCUUUAAAGUCAGUAUGAUAUUUAAGAGGAGGAAAGAGAGAAAUCUGCAAAAGGUAUUAAACUUAUUAUAGUUUGCGGCAAGAACCCAUCAGAUAACUAACGGAAAAGGAAACGCAUUUGAUAGGCUAAGGGGGGCGAAAUUAUCCUACUAUGAUAAAGACUUGUCUCUUAAUAUUCAUGAGACGAGCCUUCGCCAUUGGCAGAUUACAACACAGCGUCAACAACGUGUCAUUAAUAUUCAUAAGAUGAGACUUCUUUGGAAGAUUACCAGGCAACGCCACACGACUCAAUUAUUUUAAAAACUUUACCACACUAGAAUUCGUAACUGGGGGAUUUAUAGUCCUGGUAUACGCGGAUAAACCCAAAUUAGUGCGCACAAGUCUCAGUUUUGGCAACUAAGAGCGUACGCUAAAAAAAGAAAACCACGGAUGCCAAAUAUAACGCAAGGUGUGCGCUCUGCUUCGGGUGUUUCUACAUCUCAGCUUCAUUUACCGCUGUCAGAUUUAUUUCACAGUUGUUGGUUUUAAUUUUAUACGCGCAUUAUGGAGUACUGGAGGCAGUGCAGCUUGUGGCUGAUCAACUGUAAAGUUUUGCCCCGGAAUCAUCGGGUCACGGCUGAUUCGGCGCAGGUUUUUGAUUUGGCCCAAACUCUUCGGGAUGGGGUGCUUCUGUGCCAACUGCUGAACAAUCUCAGACCCGACACCAUUAACCUGAAAGAGAUCAAUCUCAGACCACAGAUGUCACAGUUCCUCUGUCUGAAGAAUAUCCGUACAUUUCUGUCUGCAUGCUGUGAAGCAUUUGGGAUGAAGAAGAGCGAAUUGUUUGAUGCCUUCGAUCUCUUCGAUGUUCGUGAUUUUGGAAAGGUCAUCGACACUCUAUCAAAACUCUCUUAUACACCUACUGCACAACAGACAGGGAUCAGGUCAUUCCCCACAGAGGAAAGCAGUGAAAAUGAAGACAUAUACAUUCAUUUGGCAGAUCUCAUAGAUGAGGAGCUGGAAGAAGAUAUUUAUGACCCCGUAUACGGAGAUGUUGAGGGAGGAGAGGUGUAUGAGGAUCUGAUGAGGACUGAGGCUGCUUCGUCUCAGGCGAAACAGGCCGAGGUGGACAUCAGAAGCUGCUGUCUUUUAGAGAUCAAACAGACAGAAGCCAAAUACACUGAGACUCUGGAGACCAUUGAGAAGUAUUUUAUGAUUCCACUGAUAAAAUUCAUCUCAGCAAUAGAAAUUGACAAGGUUUUCAUCAAUAUACCAGACCUGGUUAAAGUUCACAAAAGCCUAAUGGCCGAGAUUCAAGACUCUGUUCAAAAUAAAAAUGCAGAAAAUCUCCACCAGAUCUUCAUUACUUACAAAGACAAGCUUUUGCUUUAUGGAAAAUACUGCAGUCAUGUAGAAUCAGCCAUUUCUCUGUUAGACUUCAUCUGUAAGGAAAAAGAGGGCGUUCGACUGAAACUAGAGGAAUGUUCAAAGAGAGCCAACAAUGGGAAAUUCACUUUGAGAGACUUGCUUGUGGUUCCCAUGCAGCGUGUGCUGAAAUACCCACUACUGCUUCAGGAAUUAGUCAAAUAUACUAAUGACACCACUGAAAAGAGCAACCUACGAGUAGCCCUUGAUGCCAUGAGAGACUUAGCCCAGUAUGUAAAUGAGGUGAAAAGAGAUGUUGAGACUCUGAGGGAGAUUGAUCAGUAUCAGAGAUCCAUUGAGAAUUUGAAUCAGUGCUUACUUUCAUACGGAAGACCGAAGGGUGACGGUGAAGUCCGUUUGGUGUCAAAUGUGGACAAGCGUAGACAGGACAGACAUAUUUUUUUGUUCGACGUCGCUGUCAUCGUCUGCAAGAGGCGUGGGGACAACUAUGAGAUGAAGGAAGUGAUCGACCUCAAUCAUUUCAAGAUCACCAAUAACCCCACCACUGAUAAGGACAGCAGAAAGUGGUGCUACGGGUUCUUCCUCACCCACCAGCAGGGGCAGAGUGGAUUUGAGUUCCUGUUCAAAACAAAAGAGCUGAAGAAAAAAUGGCUGGACCAGUUUGAGAUGGCCAUAUCUAAUAUUCGCCCAGAGAAUGCCACGUUUAACUCUCACCACUUCAAAAUGCACACUUUUGAGAGGGCCACCACCUGCAGCUCCUGUCAUAUGCUUCUCAGGGGAAUUUUUAACCAAGGCUACCUUUGUACUAAAUGUGGAAACGGGGCUCAUAAGGGCUGUCUGGGAAAACUAGGAGUCUGUGGAAGGGCAGGUAAUGGUGCUGCUGUUCAGAAAGCACAGAGAAAGACAACACCUAGGAAACAAGAAGACCCAGGUUUGCCAAAAAUGUUGGUCAUCAGAGAUUAUUUUGGGGUCCCCAGUCCUCAGGUCGGACCGCCGCUGAAUGCUCAGAUUGGUGAUGUCAUAGAGGUCAUCUGUGCCGAUCCUCACAGCUCCUGGUGGCAGGGCAAAAUCCUGACAACACAAGAGACCGGCUUCUUUCCAAGUGAUGCAGUCAAGCCCUGCCCAUGUGUACCUAGGACAAUUGACUAUUCAGCCCAACCCUGGUUCGCCGGGCCCAUAGAGAGGCACCACGCGGAGUCCGAGCUCAUGGAGAGAGCGAACAGCACCUACCUGGUGCGAUACAGGAGCCGGGAGAACAGAGAGUAUGCCAUCAGCAUCAAGUACAACAACGAUGUGAAGCACAUUAAGAUCCUUACUAAGGAGGGCUGCUUCUACAUUGCUGAAAGCAGGACAUUCAAGACUGUAUUAGAACUGGUUGAAUAUUACAAACAGCACUCUUUGAAAGAGGGUUUCCGUACACUGGACACGACUCUGCAGAUGCCGUAUAAGGAGCUCAGUAGUGGACUCAGAACUGUUGCUCCAGUGCUCUGUGGGCUUUCCGUUUUGAGUCCCACCAGCUACAGUUUUGUUCCUCCCUCCCCCUCACCCUUCUGGUCAGUUUUGACCCCGAGAGUGCUUGGCAUUGCACUGGCACGAUAUGAUUUCAGCUCCAGGGAUACUCGGGAACUCUGUCUGCAGGUGGGCGACCUGGUGAAGAUCUAUAUCAAGUGUACCAAUGGAUGGUGGAAGGGUGAAGUCAAUGGCCGGGUGGGAUGGUUCCCUUCAACCUAUGUGGAGGAAGAGGAGUGACCAGCACAGGAAGUCAUCCUCACUAUGCUGUGACAGUGAUAAGCCACCUGUUGGCGUUGGACAAGAAUUGUAAUAGUGAACAAUGCACAGCAAUUAUCAACCUCAUCUAAUGGGAUCCGGUGGACUGUGGUUGAGACCUGCAGCGUGAUGCAUCUGAGGCCCCGUCAGCUUUGACUGUUUAAUUAGUUAUGAACGUCCCUCGCUGCUCCACAUUCAGUCCAGACAUCUUUUUCUCUCACUCUUUCCCUCCCUCUCACCCUGUCACCUCCUGAAAUCUUCACACAGGGCCUGGGGCCCCCCUCUCUCUGCCUGUUUAAAAUUUAAACUCCAUUUCUGUGCUAUGCCGGACCUCCCAUAAACUCAGGAGUGGCACGCAGAGAGAAAAGCCCUGAGCUGGCCGUUUUUUUCCCUCCACUCGGCGACCUUUACGCGGUGCUUUCAGCUCACCUUGUGCUAUAAUUGAUGAUUUCAUCCACCCGUCUGACUCUGCAAAGUUUGGCUGGGGCGAGAUGCUGUCACGAAGCCUUCCUCCCUGCCUUCUCCUCUUCAGCCCUGAUAACACUUAGCAGCAGUGCUCUCUCAGUGCGCUCGGGGCGCUGCGCGGUGACAGGAGGCCUGCCGUUCAGUGCGAUAUCCAUCUCAGCCGGCCUGACGCACUGCACUGUGAUCAGUCAUCGCUCUGUCUGUUUCUGAACCUCAGGUGCUCCCAAGCAGAAUGUUGGCACUGAUUUUGGACUUGAGUCAAUUCCUUCUCUUUUCAUGCAACGGAAAGACUAGUUAACAUAACAGCGUUUGCAAUAGGGACUGAGGCUAGACACUGCAAAAAAUGGAAGUAUGAAAUAAAAAUACUGCCAAUGGAAGAGGACAAAAUGCACUACCUUUUUUAAAGUUUGGGGUUAGUAAGGUUUACUUUUAUAUAAUACAUAAAUAAUACCUUUUAUUCAGAAAGGAUGCAAGUGACAGUAAAGACAUUUGUAAUUUAAAAAAAUUUCUACUUAGAACAAUUCUGAAAGGGUUAGUUCACCCACGUCAUAAGUGUUUCGAAAUUUCAAUAGCUCACCUGACUUUGGCAGUUUGAUAUGCGCUCCGAACCACUGAUUCGAAACAAAAGAUUCGUAAAGCUUCGAAGCUUCAUGAAGCAGUGUUUUGAAAUCGCCCAUCACUAGAUAUUGUUAAAUAAAGUUGCUUUUUUUUUUUUUUUUUUUGCCACACAAAAAGUAUAUAAUAUUAUAGUUAUAAUAUUAAAGUUGAACCACUGUAGUCACAUGAACUGUUUUAAAUAUGUUUUUAGUAGCUUUCUGGGCAUUGAAAAAGGAAAUGAUCUUGCUGGCAAUACAGUCCUUACUGAGCCAUCGGAUUUUAUCAAAAAUAUCUUAAUUUGUGUUCUGAAGAUGAACGAAGGUCUCACGGGUGUGGAACGACAUGAGGGUGAGUAAUAAAUGACAUAAUUUUAAUUUUUGGGUGAACUAACCCUUUAAGCUUUCUAUUCAUCAAUGAAAGAGUAAGAUUGAAUUUUUAUAUAAGGUGUCGUGCUGUGAUUGGCUAGAUCUAAUUUUUUAACAAUGAAUGACGUGGCAUUAGAGUCUUCCUGGUAGAACCUACGCCGAAACUUCCAUAUUUGUGAUCAAAUAAAUGCAGACUUGUUGAGCAUAAGAAACUUCUUUUAAAAACAAAAAAUCUUACUCACCCCAAACUUUUGAACAGUUGUGUAUAUCCAAAGUACUUUCUCUGAAAAGGUCUUAUAUUGUGUCAUUUGUCUUCUGAGGUAAGUUUAUCUUGUUUUAAGGAUGUUUAGAUUUUUUUACUGGAAAACAGACAAAAACAAGGUUUCUCUGAGGACUGGCAUCACAGAUGAACUUUUGUUUAAAACAUUUUUGUAAGUUCUGUGCAAGGGAAAUUGUUCUCUAAAUGGACAGACAUUUUUUUUUACAAGCUGUUUUAUAUGCUAAAAUCCAGGUCAAGUCUUUUCUCAGAAAACUAUAUUUACAGAAAUGUCAUUUUCACUGCUGUCGUAGAUGUUGAAAAGAUAAUUGCAAUCAUACAUCUGUUUCUUAAUGCACCUAACAGUUCAUGUUGUCUGGUUUUCAUCAGAAUGCAUGUAAAUUAUGACUUGUUUCACACCGUUUAGCCAGUGAAUUCUCUAUAGCUGUAUACAGGGUCCAAAUGUAACUUUUUGCCACACUCGCUGAUGGUGUGAGAAAAUUUACUAGAUUUUAAAUUCUGAAUGGCCAUAAAACUAUUUUGUAUUACUUUUAUUAAAAUAUUUUAUACCCAUUAAA